CAAGAAAAUUCAACAGCCUACCAACUACUUGUACCCUAUCACACUUUCACAAUCAUAUGACCUCAGACAAAAAAAAAAAAAAACAGCUUCCACUAUCAUAUAAACCGCUCUCUCCUACUCCAAUUCAAACGCAAAACUUUGUAUUUUUACGCUUUGAAUCUAAUUAACAACGACGUCGUUUUACUCUUCCAAAAUUCUAUCAAUUUAACCCUAAUUUCUUCCCUUCAUCUUCUCCGGCGACGAUAUUUUCCCCGGCGGCGAUAAUUUUUCUCCGAUGAGAAUUUCCGGCGAUUUCGCCGACGAGUUAACUCAACACUGAAUUUUCCGCCAUGCUUACUGAGAUUCCGAGUUUCUGCGACGACGACUCGUUAUGGUGGCGAUGAGAGGUUCGCCUGUGAGUCGGCGAGCUGUUCAGAGAUUUCGGCAACUCGCUAUUACUGCCGUUGGAUCCGUUAAAAUCAAAUUAUUGCUCGGAAUUUGCAUCUUUCUCACUUUGAUUUUGUUAUUCGUUCGAGCUUCUACCUCCGUUCAAUUGAAACAACAUUAUGAUUUUGUUGAUCAAUCUGCUUUUCAAAGGAAGGGAUAUACACUAUUAAUUAAUACCUGGAAGAGAAAUGAUCUUUUGAAAAAAUCCAUCUCUCACUAUGCAACAUGUCUUGGACUGGACUCUAUACACAUCGUAUGGAGUGAGCCCGAUCCUCCAUCAAAGUCUCUUAUUCAUACUUUAGAGCGUGCUGUGCGGAAAAAUUCAAAUAAUGGAAGAGAGAUUGAAUUGAAAUUCGAUAUUAAUAAAGAAGAUAGUUUGAACAAUAGAUUUAAAGAAAUCAAGGAUUUGAAGACAGAUGUGGUUUUCUCAAUCGAUGAUGAUGUCAUAUUUCCUUGUUCAUCUGUUGAACUUGCAUUUAGUGUAUGGCUGAGUGCUCCUGAAACAAUGGUCGGAUUUGUGCCACGCAUGCAUUGGUUGGAUCAUUCCAGAGGCAAUAGGAAUUACUAUGCUUAUGGAGGUUGGUGGUCUGUUUGGUGGAUGGGUACCUAUAGUAUGGUAUUAUCCAAGGCAGCUUUUUUCCACAAAAAGUAUCUGGCAAUGUACACGAAUGAGGUGCCAGCAUCCCUUAGAGAAUAUGUUGCUCGGAACAGGAAUUGUGAAGAUAUUGCAAUGUCGUUUCUUGUUGCAAAUGCAACUGGUGCUCCUCCUGUUUGGGUUGAAGGCAAGAUAUUUGAAAUCGGUUCUACAGGAAUCAGUAGCUUGGGAGGUCACAGCCAGAAACGAAGUGAAUGCGUUAACAGGUUCGUUGAUGAGUUUGGGAGAAUGCCUUUGGUUUCCACUUCUAUGAAAGCUGUUGAUAGCCGAAAUACCUGGUUUUGGUGAUAUGCAACUUCAUCUUGCCACUAUUGAUAUUUGUUCUGCAUAGCUUAAUUAGUUACCAUUUUUAUUAUUUGGUUCGAUUUACCAUGUACCAUAUACGAUAGUUGAUCCCACAAAAAAAAGGGGUUUAUAAUUUUAAGUAGAUCAAUUUCCUGUCAACUGAGUGUUCAGCAAUCUGUUCUCAACAUUUCACAAAAACUUGUAUGAUAUGGAUCACCCAAAAUCAAUAGAAGAUUUAGACUUUUGUGUGCAUAAGUAUCUCUCUUGUCAACUAAUAUGGUGAUGUGCUGAUGUGGGGACAUAUCGGCAUAUCGCACGAAAAAUAUCUUCAUAGGAAAUAUUUGAACUUUAUUCUUCUUUUAGAUUAGUUCUGUGUGAUGCAGAGUUGAGCUUUCUUUUCCUACUUCUCAGAUUUUUUUUCUUAGCCAUUUCCUUAUCCAAUAAACAGGGUUGUUAUAGUAUACUAAGAGGGACCCUUUUGAAUUUUACAAAUUAUCAUGUGGAAAAUAGAAGAUUGCACAUUAUUAAGAUAAGGUGGCUAAUGAAAAAUCAAAGGGUCGGAUAUUAUGAAAGUGGACCCUUUUACUCAGUAAGGACAAAGGAAAGUGCAUCAUCGUCCUAUUAUCAAAUAAUGUUGCUUUAUGAACUUUUUUUUGGCAUGUCUUUAAGAUUAUAGGAGUUGCAGAUAAUAUGUAGAUAUUCUUUAAGAUAGUUAGCGCAGGACCAAAGAACAAUUUGGGGUGGGGUUUUCUCAUGAAAAAGUUAGGGGUAGAGUAGGUAGAUCAUGUCUUAGCUAAGGAGUUCAUCGUCAAAUUUUCUUUCGUCACUUGAGAUAGAAAUGUUUUUCAAGUGCAUAGCUACCGACUUCAUUGUGUCUGCAUGCUGGUGUGUGAACACUAAUGAGAGAAGAGGUGAAUGAGCAGUUGUCGACGUGCACAGGAUGCGAAACGAUGGGCAAUGCGACUUUCGUUCCCCUCGGCCUGUCACAACAAACGAAUGUGCAUUGAGAUUAAUUCUUUGUACAUGAACAUGAAGGCGGGCGGGUGGGUUGAUUGUUGGAGACGGGCAGGUAGGGUGAUAUUAAAAGAUUAUUGUGCCUGUUCGUAUCAUUGUUAGAUUUUAGCAUCAAGUUUUUAUAUUUUGGUAAGUAGUCAUAUGUAUGCUAGUUAUAUUAAUCUUGAGGAUGGACUACAGUAUAGUUGUUACUGGUUUGUAAUAAAAACAGGCACAUCAUGUUUUGUGCCUUAUCCGUA